GGAGAACACAUGGGAAGGCACCGGAUCAAUUACGCAGCGUCACGGAGCAGCCGUGAGAGAAGAGGGGCUCCCUGAGGUGCUGCUUCUGCUGCUGCCUGUUCAACCCCGUCCUGCCCUGAAUGCGCUGGGACACUGAACCUUGUAAGGGACAAAUCAAAGUUCAGACGGAUAUACGAUAUAAGACGGGAUCUUUCGCCAAGAUGCAGGGUCUGAGUUCCCGGGCUCACGCGUUUUCGGUGGAGGCGCUGGUCGGGAAACCCUGCAAGAGGAUGAAAGUGUCGGAGGGACACGAGUCAAGUUCAGCUGGAGACACCGGCAGCGACACGGGCAUCUUCACCGGCCUGAACGAAUAUCCAGUCAGCCAGAUGAAGAAAGCAGGUUCAGCACCGAGGAGGGCAGAGGACACUUCCGGUGAUCCGGAGAGACCGACUAUCAGAUCAGGGGCUGAAGAGGCUGAGCCCAGCGGAGAGGAGAGCAAGCCGAAGGAGAGCGACUUCCGCCCGGACAGAGAGGUCCGGGUGGAGCUGCAGGGCUCCGAGCUGUGGAAGAGAUUCUAUGAGAUCGGCACCGAGAUGAUCAUAACCAAAGCUGGCAGGAGAAUGUUCCCCUCCGUGCGCGUCAAAGUGCGCAAUCUGGACCCGUGCCAGCAGUACUACAUCGCAAUGGACGUCAUGCCAGUGGACUCAAAACGCUACAGGUAUGUGUACCACAGCUCGCAGUGGAUGGUGGCCGGAAACACGGACCACUCGUGCAUCUCCCCCAGACUCUACGUGCACCCGGACUCCCCGUGCGCAGGAGAGACGUGGAUGCGCCAGGUCAUCAGCUUCGACCGGGUCAAACUCACCAACAACGAGAUGGACGACAAGGGACAUAUUAUUCUCCAGUCGAUGCAUAAAUACAAGCCACGUGUGCACGUCAUCCGGCACGACCAUUGCAUGGACCUGUCCCAGAUCCAGUCGCUGCCUGCUGAAGGAGUCCACAGCUUCUCCUUCCCAGAAACGGAGUUCACCACCGUCACAGCCUAUCAGAACCAACAGAUCACAAAACUAAAGAUCGACAGGAACCCGUUUGCCAAGGGCUUCAGAGAUCCAGGAAGGAAUAGGGGAGUGUUGGAUGGCUUGCUGGAAUCGUAUCCGUGGAGAGGCCCUCUCAGCUUAGACUUCAAGCCAUUCACCAUACAGCUCCAAGGGAACUCGGGGUCGCCGACCAGCAGUGUGAAGACUCUUCUCCCCCUCUCUUCUUCUUCUUCUUCAACCCCAUUCUCCAUCUCCACGCUCUCCUGCCACGAUGCCGCUCUCCACACCCUCGCUUUUCCUUUCUACGGCAAGACUUCCUCCGCCCCCUCCCCAUCCCCGCUGCCCAGCAGGGCCUUCUCCUCCCUGGGAGCGGACAGACUGAGGGGCCUGCCCCCGCUGGCACCGCUAGCAGACCUCCCACUCCUCUCCGCGCUGCAGGCAAAGAAACUUCCCCACUGUAGGGACCCAUGUCUUCACGGGGCUCCGGGGGGCUCCCCCUGCCUCUUCCCCCUCCACAGCCCCCUCAGCCCUCAGGGGCCUUCUCUCCUCCCUCACCUCUCUGACACUGCAGGCCCCUACUGUCUUUACCGCUACAGCUUCCCCCUGAACCCCCAGCUCACAGCUAUUUCCCGGCACGCCAAACUAGCCGAAGACACCACAGACUGUCUGCUGCGCCAGUCUCCGUGGCACCCGACCACCAACCACUGCCUCUGACAGCUGGACCGCACUUUCAGGCUCCGGCCCAUUGAGUGUAACGAGCCAAAGCUUAUUGCAACAAAACAGAGAGGGCCGCUUCUCUAUUUGAGCAAGACUCAAAGGAGCAAUAAACUGUGGCAGUUUGACGUUUUCUUUGUAUUUAAAAACUGUUUUGUACGCUGUGUUGGAUCUACCAGCACAAAAACUCAUCCUGAAGCAGUCAAUGAGCUGCUCCUCUUCACUGUGCACACACAACUGCCAUAAAAGCCCAACAUUGGAGUCAACAGAAAUGUAGACAGGAUGUAGAUUUUUAUUUGGGACAGAAAUCAGUUUCUUUACCACAGGGCAGAACCUCUCUUCUGCCUUAACAACUUCACACGCUGUAAUGGUGUUUCCAAAAAGCAUCAGCAAUAGGACCUGAGGUAUGUAAUAUAAAUAUUAAUGAAUGACUGUUAUACUGACCAUAAGUGCCUAUUAAAGUAUUUUUCAUAUUUUUUGUUCACACA